UCAGCCCUACUAAGUAUGGCCAAUCGUCGGGUUGAUUGCAAUCCAGCAACAUCACAAGAGCCACAUAUUAGCCACUCCUGCUUUAAACAAAAGGGAGGGAAAUAGAUGUGAAUAUAUUUUAUAGGUUAGCCACCAGGAGUCAGGAGUUUCUUUUUGGCUCUUUUCUUGUUUAAGAGUAAAGUUUUUGUCCAGUUUCCUCUCUUAAACCUCCCCUGAGUAUAAAUGGGAGCACUUUUGUUCUAUUUUCUUAUGAAGACUUGACUUCAUGCCUUUCUCUUCUAGCACUAUCUAGUUUUUGUGUGGGCACUGAGCAUAUGGGAUGUGGCUUCUGAGCACUCCUGACUAGGCCCACUCCCUAGAUGCAGGUGUGUAUGACAUGCACACUCUCCCUUAUCCAUUAGGCCAGGUGUGGAGAACUUUGGCCCACUAGAUGUGGCUUAACUACAACUCCCAUCAGCCCCUGCCAGCACAGCCCUCGGCUAGGGAUAAAGGGGGUUGUAGUUCAUCAACUCCUGGAGGGCCAAAGGUUCCCCACGCCUGGAUUUCGGCCUGGCUCUAAAGCGAGCCUUUUUGGUCCUCUGUGCAGAAGCAACUGCUGUUUAAUCUUUUCAUGACUUGGGCUGCAGUCCUACACCUGCGUGUUUGAAAGCGAGCACUAUUGCACGAAAUGGUUGCUUGCGAGUAGAGCUGCAGAUGACGCGGCUCUUCUGGCCGCAAGUGCUCAUGGUUUUGAGUUUCGAAACAUGGGUAUUUUAGUCGUAAUCGCAACUUCCUUCCUCAGCAUGCGAGGGCACUUAUUAUUGGGACAAAACACUCCUCCGGGGGAAUGCGAGGCGCCUGCAAACAGCGCAGCAAAGAGACCGCUGCAUCUCGCACGUGCCGGCAGCGAACACUUCUCGCUGCAGGAAAACAUUUCCUAUCUCUGCAGAGGAGGGGAAGCGCUGCCAGGGGGCCUCAAACCCAUGCUCCAAAAAAGCAAAACAAAACAAAGCGCGGUGCAUUAUAAGGCUGCAUUUCUGUCCUCGCCUUCUCGCCAAUGCUAUAACACAAAGAAGCACGCCUUGAGGCAACUGAAACGUGAAUUUCCCAGUGCAGUUGUUCUGAGCACUGAUGACUACUUCUCUGCAGAGGACGGCACAUAUGUGUUUGAUCCUGAUGCUCUAGAAGAUGCACAUAGAUGGAACCAAAAGAGAGCACGUAAAGCCAUGAAGAAUGGGAAAUCCCCAGUUAUUAUUGAUAAUACCAACGUCCACGCUUGGGAAAUGAAGCCAUAUGUGAUAAUGGCACUUGAACACAGCUAUGAAGUUCUUUUUCGAGAGCCAGAUACACACUGGAAAUUCAAUGUUCGGGAACUAACCAGACGGAAUGGCCAUGGUGUUCCACGAGAGAAAAUACAGAGGAUGAAGGAGCAAUAUGAACAUGAUGUUACUUUUCAUGAUGUGCUUCAUUCAGAAGAACCAGCCAGACAUUUCAGUAGAUCCUAUGGCGUUUACGAUACUGGUUAUUCCCAUGUGAACUCAACAUUCCCCAACAGAAGAGCUAACAGCAACUCCAGAAAUGAAAGAUCAUUUAGUAGGAGAAAUGAUUUCUACCCGGUAUAUUAGAGUUUUUAAUCAAGUUGUAUAAAAUUUUGUUUUAUACCUUCAGGAAUUCUGUACUUAAAAUAUUUGUAUUUUUC